AAUUUAAUUAUGUAUUAAUUUUCCAAAACCAAUUGAAACAAUACUGCAAUGACAUCUGUCCUUUUAAGUUUGGUAUCGAUUCUUAAAACCCUGUAAUCAGAACCUUUCAACGUUCUCUCACCUAAAUUAAUUUCUUUUUCUUUUUUUUUAAAUGCUAAAAACUCAUUAAGGAGCUUACAGAUGGAACUGCUCUUAUACUAGUAGUAGUCUUAGUUUUAUUAAAUGCUAAUAACUCAUUAGUAGUCUUAGUUGUAGUUGUUGGUUUCUGUCCUAAAUAUACUAAACUAUUCAACCAUGAUAAGUGAUAACUAUUUUAAUUGUUAUUUAGUGACACCACCAAAACUAAAUGCAAGUCUAUAUUAUUUUAAAAGAAUGCCUUUGAGACUGAUCGGAUCUAACAUAGCUUUGAAGUUUGAUCCAACUUUGAGAUUUACCCAUCUUUCUUCUUCCCCUAUCUCUUCUAUUACUAACUACCAAAUGGAGUCUGAGGGACUGUCGUUUCCAUUAAUCCACGAGCAUCCUAUGAAGCCCUGGAAUGAUUUGAGGAAAGGUGAUUGUUGUGGACGCUUCGUAUCUGUGAGUGAUGGAUACUAUUGUAUAAACUGUGAUUUUUUCGUGCACAAGAAAUGUGGCGACAAUCUCUCUGAAUUCAUCGUCCACCCAUCUCACCCCAAUCACACUCUCCGGAUUCGAUCUAAGAAAGGUUUUUGUAUAUGUCGUUUAUGUGGAAGGGAAACUUGGAAUACAUUCUAUCGUUGCAAGGUGUGUGACUUCAAAGUGGAUCUAGACUGUGCCAAGCACCCACCACCACUAGUUAUUGAAAAUUUCAAGACGCACAGCCACAAGCUUACAUUUCUCAAGGAAUUGACCGAGUUCUACUGUUGUGCUAAAUGCGGGAAAGCUGGUGAUGGAUUUACUUACAAAUGUGAAGAAUGUGAUGUCGCCUUCCAUGUUGAUUGUGUAUGGCACCCAACAGGAGAGCUAAAUUACUCGCCAGAGGUAAGCCAUUCUUACCACUCCUUGCAUCCUCUUAAACUCCUCACGGGUCCACCACCAGACUAUUCUGAUGGUAAAUGCCGUCUUUGCGAAAAUGAGGUUGAUGAAGAAUUGUUUUAUCAUUGUUCUUCUUGUAACUUCACCUUGGAUAUGCGCUGUGUUCUGAAUCCACCACCACAAUCUCUUGUUGAUUUGAAUGUUCAUGAUCACCAAAUCACCCUCCUUCCAAGACUCUUUUCUUUUUCAUGUAAUGCUUGUGGGCUGAAAGGAGACCGAAGCCCCUACAUGUGUGUUCAAUGUGAUUUCAUGAUCCAUCAAGACUGUCUUGGUCUUCCACGUGUUAUUAACAUCAAUCGGCAUGAUCACCGUGUUUCUCGUACUUCGGUUCUUGGUGUUGUGAAUUCUGUGUGCGGAGUUUGUCGCAAGAAGGUGGAUUGGACUUGUGGUGGGUUUUCUUGUCAAAGGUGUCCUGGCUAUGUCGUUCAUUCUAAAUGUGCUACUAGAGAGGAUGUGUGGAACGGAAAAGAACUCGAAGGAGUACCUGAAGAAGAAGAAGAUACAGAACCAUAUGUGGUGUUAGAUGACAACACAAUACAUCAUUUCAGCCAUGAAGAGCAUAACCUAAGACGAAUCCAUGGGAAUGGUGUUCUCUAUGAGGAUAACAAGUGGUGUAGUGCAUGCACCCAUCCCAUCGGUCUCCAAUCCUUUUAUGACUGUAUGGAUUGUGAUUUUUCUCUCCAUCAUAAAUGUGCUGAAUGUCCUAAAAAGAAAUGGCAUGUGCUACACAAUGAACAGCUUACUUUAGUUACGAACAAGGAGCUACGUGUCUUCAGUUGUGAUGCUUGCAAUCGAACGUCCAAUGGUUUCAUGUACAAGGAUGGUGAUAAGAAGUUAGAUGUCUUGUGCGGUUCAAUUUCGGAGCCAUUUGUCCAUCCAAGUCAUCCCGAACAUCCCUUAUAUUACAUUCCAACAGGAGAACUAUGCGAUGGUUGCAGCAACAUAGAACGUCGGAUGCUUAGGUGCGUUGAAGGUGAUUGUGAAUAUGUAUUGGGUUUCAAAUGUGCCACUCUACCACAAGUGGUAAAGCACAGAAUAGAUGAUCAUCCUCUCUCACUAUGCUAUGGCGAGAAAAAGGCAAGUGGUAAAUACUGGUGUGACAUUUGUGAGGAAAGAACCUAUCCAAAUAACUGGUUCUACACGUGUAAAGAUCAGCGGGCUAGUUUGCAUACAGAAUGUGUGCUCGGAGACUUUGAAGGGCUCAUGCCAAGAAGCGUAGCAAAGUUGUGGGGCGAAUCAUAUGAGGUGGAGCUCAAUAAUAGUGUAACUCGCCCAUUUUGCAGCAGGUGUAAGUCUCGUUGCAUGUACCCUAUCAAACUCAAGUUGCUUGGAACCUCAGGAACAUACGCUUGCUCUUAUUUUUGCUCAUCUUAAUUAAUUUCGAGAGGUCUAUAGAUAUAAAUCAUUAAAACUAUAAAGUGUAAUAAAGUACGCCAUGAGGCAAGAUAUUUAUUCGUUUUAGAAUUUCUUGUA